AUGAACACCCUCCGUGUCGCCCGCGCCGCCCUGCGCAUCAAGCUCAGCUUGUCUCUUCCUCACCAGUCCAUCUUCAAGUCCCAGGAUGUCGUCCAGGUCAACCUGCCCGCCGAGUCCGGAGAGAUGGGUGUUCUCGCCAACCACGUUCCCUCAAUCGAGCAGCUCAAGCCCGGCUUGAUUGAGGUCAUUGAGGAGGCCGGCGGCAGCAAGCAGUUCUUCCUGUCUGGCGGUUUCGCCGUCGUCCAGCCCAACUCGGUUCUCAGCAUCAACGCCGUCGAGGGCUACCCGCUUGAGGACUUCAGCGCGGAGGCUGUCCGUGCUCAGAUCACCGAGGCCCAGAAGGUCGCCAACGGCAGUGGCAGCGAGCAGGAUAUUGCGGAGGCCAAGAUUGAGCUGGAGGUUCUCGAGAGUCUGCAGGCCGUUCUCAAAUAA